AUGGAUGAGAACUUGGAAUCUUCAACCUUUCAUUCCCUGGACGCGGAUCCGUCCCAGGUUUCGACUUUCAAAGGACUAGAUACCGCUCCUACGAGCGGUUUCGCUUUUACUCCAAUAUCGCCUUUCAGAGGACGCGCAACAUCCUCAAAUCCAGCUAUUUCGGCUGCUACUACGGCUGUCCAGGCGAGUACGGACGAAAGCCAGUCACACUCGGAUUCCAGCACAGGCACCGACAGUAGUAGUGCGCAGAGCAGUGCCGAAGAGAGCAGUGCCUCUGAGGAUAGCGCCGCCGAGGGAAGUGCCGCCGAGGGUGGCGAUGCUCGUGACAGCGAGGCUAAUAGCAGCGAUAUCGAGAACUUUAUACGCGAUAUCCAGGACGUCAAUGUCGAGGGUGGUCUGGGUGGCGGUGACGGCGACAGUGACGACGACAGCGACGUCGACGGUGACGAUGAUGCCGAUAGCGACGACAUUGACGGGCGGCUCGUCUUUGAGUCCGAUCACGAGCCUAGUCCUGAGUACGAUCGAGUGCCCAACCAUGGAUUCGGCCAUCAAACCGACAAAGAGCUCGAGCCGGCCCAAAUCCUCAGUGACAUUGUAGUUCCCCGAGUGGUCGGGGACCUUGGGGUCAAUACGCAACCUGCCGCUACUCCUACCAGUAUGGCCACAACCAUAGCUGUUGCUGCGCCUCCGUCAACGGUGCCAACCAAACGCAAGGCCGGUGCUCGCGGUGGAGAAUGGGGCGAAUCUCGAAGAAAGCGAUUUUCCGACGCCAUGAAACAACGAUGGGCAAACGGCAGCAUGUCUCAUGUCCGCGACAUCCUCAGGCAGAACAGCGCCCUCAGGUUGCAAGCGAAAAAGGCAGAGAAAGGUGCUCUGGACACGCCGGCAGGUCAUUCAUCAGAAUCGGAGGCACAAGCCAGAGAGGGUGUUCUGGACACGCCUGCACGUCAUCCACCAGCAUCAAAGGCAAAAUCCCAAGAGGGUGCUCUUGACAAAUCGGCAGGUUAUAAGUCAAUAGACAUAGUUGCGUCGGGCCGCGCCUAUCGCGAAUGGGAGGAGAAUGGCGUGCCCCCAUCAUACCGGAUGGGUACCAACUCAGAGAUGGUGAUGCCCAAAGGAAGGGGAGCCAUCGUCGUCUCCAUGGAGAAGACAUCCGCGUCACUCGAUGAUACCAUGGAACUGGACAAAGUACCUCCCGCUACUUCAUCGUCAGUGCCGGUAGGAGACAGAGCCAGCAUGUGGGCAUACUUGGAGCCGCUCCUGGCCAAGCAUAGAGGGCAGGAGAUGCCCCACAAUGGCUAUGUGUGGGAGCUGAGCAUCCUCCCUCGGGUGCGGGACCUGAACAUCAAUUUCGAAUGGCAGCAGACGCAUCCCUUUAUGGAUGGCCAUCCCAGGGAUGUAUCGGCCGUCAUUAUCCAACUGACGGGAGAACCCGCUGCGACACCUUGCAAAAGGUGUAAAGAGGGCAGGGGCCCUUGGAAAGGCUGUAUCAUGAUCUGUUCCAAGGCGGCCGACCGUCCUCUGGCAAAUAUUUUUUCCUGCGCCAAUUGCUUCUACCAUUUUGGCCAGACCUACUGUAGCCACAAAUCCUGGGGCGCAGAGAGGUCUCAACGUAUCUUGAGAACGAGGGGCAAGACGAUUGACAGCAUCCAAUACUCCAACCAAUAUUCCAACUCUGGCCAGUCAAAGCCGCACACAAGAACCUCAAAGCCAUUGGCAGGAUAUACCCCUGAGCUACAAGGCGAGUCUACUAGGGCCACAACCCAUGACCAAGACGAAACAUUUCUGCAGGAAUAUGAUGACGACAAGCCUGAGUCCGAGAACCGGCCCCUGCCUUCAAACAACGAUCAAAGGGACUAUGAACCCGCGAAGUCUACUAUUCCUCUAACCGAUGACCAAAAGGCCCUCUGGAAUUAUAUCAAACCACACCUCGCCUUCACCACAGAGGUCCCAGAGGUGGGCUACAUCAAGGAGCUCCUUUCCCUCCCACGGGUUCGCGACCUCGUACUCACCCCCAACGAGCCCUUCGCCGAGAAGCACACUCGAGACAUCGCCGCCUUGAUCAUCCAGGUUACAGGAGACGUGCUGGAGAUGCCAUGCACGCGCUGCCGCCGUGAGAAGGGACCGUUAUUCAAGGGGGGCUGCGUCGCCAUUAAGACCGACGCCCACCCGGAAGCCAGGAGGGUUUACCAGAGCUGCGCCAACUGCACCUAUGACAGCAAGGGUGGCGCGUGCUCACGCGGCAAGGGGAUUCCUAACCGACCUCAGCCGCCUUUCCCGAAAAAGGUCCCUGGAAUCACCAAGAGUACGGAUGGUGUUUGGUUGUUCAGAGGAGGGGGAGGAGGAUUGCCUAGACACACCACAGCAACGGCAGCUCCGCGGCCACAACGGCAGGCGGCUCUGGCUGCGGCUGCGGCUACGACUUCGCUUAUCUCGGCCGGCGAAGUCCAAUCGGCGGAGCUAUUUGAUAUGGAAGUGUGGGAGAUGGCUCCUGGUCGAGUCCUUAAGUCAAAUACUGAUAAACUCAUUAGCUUCGCCUACUCCAAAGCCUUCCUCUCAGCCGGUCACACCAUCCCAGUCUGCAACGAUGUGCAGGUCCAGGUCAAGACUAUCAACACCGGCCAAACCAUCACCAUGGAACCCGACGACGGGCAGACCCGACUCGUUUGGAUUGCAACCGGCAAGGUCCGGGUGAAGCUCGGAGACGAACCGGAGUUAAUAAUCGGCCAGCACGGCAUGUUCAGGAUCGAGCCCGGUAUGGCGUGCACGAUUGAGAACCGCGUCUAUGUGGAUGUUACUCUGCAUGUCACGCAUCUUUCGGGUUAUUUCUGA